AUGGGAGUGGAUUUGUGUUCUUAGAUACCAACUGAAUGUUUCGCAAUUAUAAUUAUAUAAUCAGGAGCAAUAAUUGUGUUGAUGAUCUUAAUAUUAUUGAUGUAUAGAUAUUAAAUUGUCCAUAAAUUACAUCCAACUAUGAUAGUUGAUGUUGAACCAAUAAAAUUAGAAAAAUUAUAGAACAUAGCUAAUUGUGAUAUAUCAUAUGAUUCAACAAUGCAUUAACAAUGA